GAGUUGCAACACUCAUCCACGUGGUUUGUUCUUUUAAGGCAAGCAGCCGAGGAACCAACAGAUGUAAUGGUUGGCAUUGGUGCCCAAAACCAAUGUUCUCUUCACUUGCAUGAGCACACGUGCAGUCCACAUAGAAGUAAUAGAGUCUUUAGACACCUCUUCGUUCAUCAACUCCUUGAGAAGAUUCUUUGCAAUCCGAGGUCCUUCUGAGCACCUAUACUCAGACUGUGGAACCAAUUUCGUUGGUGCUUGCAAAGAGUUGGAGUUCCAAAAGGUUUUGUCAAAGUCAGAAGUUCAGAGAUACACCAACAAUCGUGGAUGUACAUGGCAUUUCAAUCCACCUCACUCCUCGCACAUGGGCGGUGCGUGGGAACGCAUGAUAGGAGUUGCAAGGAGAAUCCUAGACUCAAUGCUGAUGCAUACUCCCUCCUCCAGUUUGACCCACGAAGUCCUGUGCACCCUGAUGGCGGAGGUGACAGCCAUCAUCAACUCUAGACCGCUUGUCUCUGUCUCUUCAGAUCCUGACGUUCCUCAGAUACUUACCCCAGCAAUGCUUCUCACUCAGAAGCAGAGUGUUCCACCUCCUCCAGGGACGUUCACUGAGAAGGACCUGUAUAAGCAACAGUGGCGCCAAGUGCAAAGGUUGGCCGACCAAUUCUGGAAUCGUUGGAAACGCGAAUACUUGCAGACCCUGCAACUUCGUCGUAAAUGGCAAGAGUCCAGCCCAAACAUCGAAAGAGGUGACGUUGUCUUGAUGAAAGAUGAUCGUACAUGCCGGAACGAUUGGCCCAUGGCUCUUGUGAUGAACACCUUCCCCGGCGGUGAUGGAAACGUCUGCAAGAUCGAGAUCCGGGUCGUCAGAGACGGAGUGGCCAAAGUGUUCCUCAGGCCUAUAACGGAGGUUGUUAUGGUUUUAAAGAACCAGGACUGAAAAGGUUAUGUUGUGGUUUGAAUAUUGAUAUAUGGCAUCUUAACAGAUACCAGAUGGGGAGUGUUCCGCUCUUAAUUUUACUGCAAUAUAGGCGCUCUUUGUAGUGAGCUAAUUUUAUUUUGAAAUUCGUUUUAUUUUGAAAACCAGUUUUGGGAAGUGACAGGAAGUCAGCCAUGUUUGUUUAGUUCUUAGCAGAUCACAUGUGGGGAAAUUUGAUCCAGCGACAUCUGCCUUUUGUUUGUGCCAUCGACACCACCGUCUGUAAGUUUUCAUUUAAUCAUAGCUUUCCUACUUUUGUUAAGCCUGGAUUGAUAGCUUGGUGGCGUGAUGGUUUGUGGUGUUGGCUCACAGGAAGAAGGUCCUGGGUUUAAAUCCACAAUCUAGCUAGUUUGCAGUGGGUAUUCUGGUUUCCUCCCACAGUUAGAAGUCAGAGUUAAGUUAAUUGGUGAUUCUAAAUUACCCAUAAAUGUGAAUGUGAGUGGUUG